UGCUAGUGGAUUGUUUGUGCAGGAGGCUUCAGGUCUAUGUACAUACCAUGUUCCUGACUCGGAAUGCUCUCUAUUGAAUCAUUCAGCCGUAUUAAUCUGCCCUGACUAUCGGUUUGUAUCUAGGCCAUCAAUCCUUAGCUACUGGAGGGUGACAUCGCUUCGAGAGGCCGUGAUCAAUGAGGUCAUGAAAGCGGGAUUCGUAUGCAGCGCAAUAUCGAAAUGAAAAUAGUGGCAAUGGGAUGAUUAGGAUAUGUGAGAAUUAACAAUCAAACAGUGCUCUCUUUGGUAUAAAUUCAUGUCGAUAACCCAGCAUCUGAAAUGAUCCUCCUAUCUAAACACAGGUCUCCAAAGUCUUUCCACUGUAGCUCCGUUAACUGAUUCUUUGCGCUCCCAAAUCAUUCUUCACUGUCAAGAUGAAGCUCUCUGCCGCUCUUGCCUCGACUCUGCUCGCCGGUGCUGCCAUCGCAGCUCCCCUCACAGCCCAGCGUCAAGCACGCAGUGCCCGCCGUCUUGCUCGCUCCAACGGUAGAGCCAGCCAUCCUCCUUACAAGCCCGGCACCAGUGAAGUUCUCGAGCUCUCCAAUACCACUCAUGUGGAAUAUAGCUCCAACUGGGCCGGUGCAGUUUUGAUUGGCACCGGCUACACUGCCGUGACGGGCGAGUUCACUGUCCCAACCCCGUCGGUACCCAGCGGCGGAUCCUCUUCAACGCAGUACUGUGCUUCUGCUUGGGUUGGUAUCGAUGGUGAUACCUGUGAGACUGCCAUCCUGCAGACCGGUGUCGAUUUCUGCGUCCAGGGUAGCAGUGUCUCUUUUGAUGCUUGGUACGAAUGGUACCCAGAUUAUGCCUAUGACUUCAGCGGAAUUACUAUCUCUGCUGGUGACCAAAUCAAAGUCACUGUGGAUGCAACUAGCAAAACUGCUGGAAAAGCCGUCGUGGAGAACGUCACUACCGGCAAAUCUGUGACUCACACUUUCACUGGCGGUGUUGAUGGAGAUCUUUGCGAGUACAAUGCCGAAUGGAUUGUCGAGGACUUCGAAGAAAACGACUCCCUUGUUCCAUUUGCCGACUUUGGCACCGUUACCUUCAGCUCUGCUGAGGCUACCUCCAAGGGCUCGACAGUUGGCCCAUCUGGCGCGACCAUUCUCGAUAUCGAACAGAGCAACGAAGUCUUGACCUCUGUUUCCGUGAGCUCCAGCUCCGUUACCGUCGAAUAUGCUUAGAGGGAACCCUCUAACAAGUACCGAACCACUUUUGGAGGGGUUUGUUGAAAUGGUGUGAAGAAGGCGUUGGAAAUUAGGGGCAGAGUUAGACAUUUAUGCAAGGGUUGCAAGGGUGAUAAGCCAGUCCUGCCUUGUUGUAAGCCACUACAGGCAGGAGUCCUCGGUUUUCCCUCAUCUUGUGUUAAUUAUGCUGCCAAUAUUGCUCCAUUUUUCAGAAAU